AGCUACCCCCUUACAUGCCAGUGACCGAGGCUUUAUUAAAACACCCAUCGUUCAGCAAUGAUUCCAUAAUGGAAGAUCUAAUCAGGUCAGGAUUUGGUCUCCAGUCUUACGUCACGGAAACUGGUGAAGAAAUCUGGACAGAAAAUGGCGUCCAGUACCGCCCGUUUCCUUACAAAGAACCAAAAGACAGCAAAUAUUACAAUUCAGAGUUUGAAGCCUACAUUCCUUUCAAUGAGACCACGUUUUUUGAAGGUCGACCAGCUCAUCAAUCGUUUAGAAAUGGGACGAAAAAAAUAAUUCUAUGGUGGCAGCAUAAAGUCGGUCAGGCAAGCAUCGACGGGCUAAAAACUUUGAAGGGGUGUCCAGAGUUUCCUUGUGUCAUUGGCUCAGACAGGAAGUACACAGAUGUCAGCAGUGCUCUACUUGUUGACGCACAGUUUGUAAACAAUGAACCCCCACCAACCCGUCGUGAGGACCAAGUGUUUGUCCACUACCACGUAGAGGCACCAUCAGACAAUGUAUAUUGGUGGUAUGGUAAUUUGUACGAGAAGUACGAAACCUGGAACACAGCAUUCAACUGGACAAUGUCCUUUAGACGGGACUCGGACAUUCGGACUUACUACGGUCUAGUCAGAAAAAGAAAACACAUCAGAGAAAAAAAUUAUACAUCAAUUUUAGCAUCUAAAACGAGGCUGGUCGCCUGGUUUGUGUCGAAUUGUAAUACAAAUUCAAAACGGGAAGAAUAUGUGGCAGAACUUCAACGGUAUUUAGAUGUCGACGUUUACGGGAAGUGUGGUCCUUUUAGAUGCCCCAGACAGAAUGACAGCAAUUGUCGUGAUAAAAUUCGUAAAAUAUACAAAUUUUACAUAGCGUUUGAGAACAAUCUUUGUAAAGAUUACAUUACGGAAAAGUUGUAUAAAUUCUUCGAUUCAGAUUUCAUUGUCAUUGCCCGUGGAUCAAAUUUCUAUUCGAGUAAUCUCCCUUCAGAAACUUUUAUAAACACCGCUGACUUCAAAUCUCCCGAGGAACUGGCUAAACGAAUUCUAUAUUUAGAUUCCCAUGACGAGGCUUACAUUGCAAUGCUGAAAGAGAAAGACAAAUACUUUAGCAUCUACGAGGAUUAUCCGUUAUACCGUAUCGAUCCUGUGUUCCUGGAGUAUCGAUAUGAGGCAGUUCCCAUGUGCCAGUUGUGUCAGCGGGUCUGGAACUUGGAGAAAUAUGCUAAAACUGUGCCAGAUAUACUGGCGUGGUUUGAAAACGAAUAUUACAAGUGUCAAAAAAAUUAGGCAAGCACUUAAUUUAUUUUGAUAUAUAAAUGUGUUACAAGCAUUUUAAGAAGUUUAAUGUAUUUCAAUUCGUAAUGAAAGCUUGAAUACAAAAUUAAUAUUUUAAAUGUCAACUAAGAAGUUCAAUUUUGUGAACUAAAUUAAUGUUUAAUUUACUGUAUUAAAAUUGUCUAAUAUUGUUAGUAUCUUAGCACUUUAAUCUGUUGGCCCAUAC